AUGAACUACAGCACAGACUCUGCUAAUACAGUUUAUGUGGGGAAUAUAGAUCCAAGGAUAACCAAAGAACAGCUUUAUGAACUUUUCAUUCAGAUUAACCCAGUUUUAAGGAUUAAGUAUCCGAAAGAUAAAGUUCUGCAAACCUAUCAAGGCUACGCAUUCAUCGAAUUCUAUAACAAGGAAGAUGCUCAAUAUGUGAUAAAAAUAAUGAAUAAUACCGUCAAGUUAUAUGACCGAUUGAUAAAAGUUCGUCAAGCAACCAACUCCACAGGAACAUCUAAUUUAUCUUCUAAUACCUCUAAGGACAUAGUAUUACCUAUUGCUAAGUUGUUCAUAAAAAACCUAGCAGAUUCGAUAGAAAGUGACCAACUAGCGAAGAUUUUCAAUAAAUUCGGAAAGACAAUAGGUGAACCCAAAAUUUUCCACCUAUCAAACGGAAAACUAAAAUGUGCGUAUAUUUAUUUUGAGGACUUUGAAAAAGCUGAUUUGGCAAUAAAAUCCUUGAACAACCAAUUAGUAGCCAAUAACAGAAUUGCGGUUGAUUAUGCCUUCAAGGAAGAUGGCAGAGGUAACGCAAAAUACGGCGAUGGCGUUGAUAGGCUGUUGAAUAAAGAGGCAUUAAAACACAACAUGUUAAAAUAA